CAGCGCGCCCGGCGCAUGCCCAGAAAGGGGAAAGAGCGAGGAGCUUCUGUGGUGCUGCUUUCCUCGCUCUCGGUCUUGUGUUUUGGGAGCGGCGGCCAUGAGCGGCUUCGGCGCUGGCGGAGCCCCGCUGAGGAGCGUCAGCAGCGAGACGCUGGAGAAAAUCGACAUGUCGCUGGAUGAUAUAAUUAAACUGAAUAAGAAAGAAGAGAGGAAGCAGUAUUCUCCCAGAAUGAAGAGGGGGCUUCAACAGGCUGGCAAGCGGCAAUUCCGGAUGAGGAGAACCAAAUGGGGAAUCCAAGAGUACACAGGUUUUGGAAAGAACCGUUUAGGACGCAGAAAACGGGUGGCUGGAAAGAGGCCUCCCUAUGGAGUCAAAACCGGGCUAGCGGCAAGGAAAGCUUUGGGCUCUCGCAAAGGCAUCAGCCCCCUCAACAGAUCGCCUCUCAGUGAAAAGAACAUACAGCGGGACUACUCGGUUUUGAAAAGGAAGACCACCGUCCAAAGACAAUCUGAGUUGCAGAGAAAGCAAGGAGCCAUUCUCAGGAGGCCUACUUUGUUAAACAGAAGAACCAACAUACAGUCUCCUUCUGCCCGGAUCGGGAAUAAGCUCUACCAGCAGAAAGACGCACGCCAAGCCACUUUCCUUUUUAAGAGGGGCCUGAAGGUGCAGGCCCAAGUCCAUCCAGAAGAUGACCUAAGCGCCCAGGUCACAAACAGAAGUCGCCCAUGGCGAACAUCCACUACAAAUGGAGGGAUUUUGACAGUAUCCAUUGACAAUCCUGGCGCAGUCCCAUCCCCCAUUUCCUUGAAGCCAAGGCUGACCAGCACUCCUGUGCCUCCCUUCCUCUUGAAGAAGGACCAGUCGGAAGAGAAGAAGAUUCCCAAAGGGGUCCCGCUGCAGUUUGAUAUCAACAGUGUCGGAAAGCAGACAAACAUGACCCUCAACGAGCGCUUUGGGAUCCUGAAGGAGCAGAGAACGGCUCUCUCCCAGAACAAAGGCAGCCGUUUUGUGACUGUGGGCUAGAGGGUCUGUUCAGGGGAACCCUAUCUUUCUAAGGAACUGAACUAGCAGUGAGCCGAAAAAUAAGUUGGACUUUGUGUCAAGAUACUGAAAAACUGAAUUUUGUUUUUAAACGGCUUCUACUCUGAAUAGUUA